AUGAAUAAUCAUCGUUUAUACAUUAUCAUCACUUAUUUUAUUUUUACUCUUAUACAUUUCAUAUCAACCUUGGAAUGUGAUAAACAAUCUAAGGAAGAUAAUGUUCCAUUUAAUAUGAAAGUUCAUCAAUCACCAAUUAUUGUUAUUGGCACUUCAUUAGAUAAAAAUAUUGAUAUAAAUAUUCGAAAUUUAUUUAAUGUUACGUUUCUUGUUUCGUGUAUUUUAAAAGGUCGACCAACUCAACGUAUUAUUCAUAUUGUUCAAGCAGGUUCACUUCUUGGUCGUCGUUCAUGUCAAAGAUUAAAUGUUAAUCAACAAUAUAUUGUUUUUCUUGAACCAUUUUUUGAUCGAACUUAUCGACCAGUAGAUUUUGAAGAAGUUCCUUAUAGUAAUCGAAUACAUUUGUUACUUGAAAAAACAUGUGGUCUUUCACGAACAUAUCCAUUUACGGAAAUAAAUGAUACUGAAGCAGCCCUAACUAAUAAAUGUCCAUCAGCUGUUUCUCUGGAUUGUCCAUCAGAAACAUCAAAAACAACUAUUGCAUUAUCAACAACAACAACAACAACGGCGACAAAUUCAAUUUUGACAACAACAACAACAACAACAACAUCAACUAGUAUUACUUUAUUAGGAAAAGAUCCAAUUGAUCUAGCCGUAUUAUCACUUCUUUUAUCUGAACAUCAACAACAAAAUCUUAGUCUCGAUUUUUUUCAAGGUCAAAAUCAUAAAUCACUUUUUUCCGAUGAUGAAGCACGAAAAAAUAGAGCUAAUCGAUUAUCAUCUAUGCUUAUUAUUAAUUUAAUUCAUUUGAUUUUUUUUUUAAAUAUUCUUUAUAUUAUAUUCUAG